AUGAUCUCCAAAACAGAGUCGGCAACGUGGCAGCCUCUAUCUAUCGCCGUAGUUGGUGGUGGUAUUGGUGGUCUUGCAGCUGGUAUCUCUCUGCGCCGUGCUGGACAUGCAGUCACUAUAUACGAGCGUGCAGACUACGCUGGUGAAGUUGGAGCUUCUAUAUCAUGCGCCGCAAACGGUACCCGAUGGCUUCAUGAAUGGGGCGUGAACGUCGAGAUGGGUGACCCCGUCAUAUUGCGCAAACUGAUUAAUAGAGACUGGGAAACGGGUGAGGCAACGAAUGUUUAUGAUCUGGCGGAUUACGAGGAGAAAUGGGGACACGUUUAUAAUAUGUUCCAUCGACAGUACAUGCAUGCCAUGCUGAUGGACAGCGCCCUUGGAGAGGCAGGUGAAGGAACGCCGGUGAAGCUGGUGGUCAACCACAAAUGUGUCAAUAUCGACAGUGAAUCCGGCCUCAUAACUUUUGAGAACGGCAACACCGCUCAACAUGACGUUGUCAUUGGCGCUGAUGGAAUUGGAUCUGUCGUUCGAGGCUUGAUAGACAUUCAUCAAGAAAAGAAGCCUUCAUCCUCUAGCUGUCUACACACCAACGUCACAACAGAGGAAGCCGUGGCCCUCGGUCUCAUCGACUAUUCUAAGAAUAGUGCUAUCGAAUACUGGGGAGGCCACGGUACCCCCAACAAGAUCGUCCUGUCUCCUUGCAACGGCGGUAAACUACUUUCUUACUACUGCUUCUUCCCUAGAGAGAAGGGCGAUUAUGCCACCCAAAAAUGGGACGAAGAGGCCACUGUAGAAGAACUAUUGGCCCCAUACCCAGAUCUCGACCGCAAUGUCUUCAAGCAUUUGAGCAUUGGCAAGGAUAUUCGACCAUGGAGAUUGUGGGUUCAUCAGCCCUAUGAGUGGUGGCAAAAGGGUGUGGUUUGCCUGAUGGGAGAUGCUGCACAUCCGAUGAUGCCAGAUCAAAGCCAAGGAGCCUGCAUGGCUAUCGAAGAUGCAGCUUGUCUCGGUCUAGUUUUUAGUAAGGAGCAUUUCCGUGGCGACAUCCGUAAAGCACUUGAGGUAUACGAAGAGAUUCGCAAACCUAGAGCUACACGGGUCCAGGUAGCCUCGCAAAGAGCCAGAGAGAAUAUAUACGAACGUAUAGGGUUCUCGAGCAAUACGAACAAUGAGAAAUAUACAGUGCAAAACGAGUCUAAUAAGUUGACUAUCGAGGAGAUGAACUCAUAUGAUAUGAAAGAGCAUGCUGCGAGCGUGUUCGGUCAGCGAGCCAAGAUUUAA